AGAGUUGGCAGUCUAACUUUCAGUAGCACAGCAAGGACUAAAGGAAAAGGACCGAGAGCAGCGCUUUAAGAGUUUCUCACAAACUUCCUAGAGGGAUUUCCUCAUCUCAAGUUUACAUUCCCACUCAGUUGAGUUUGUUUGGAUCUAACCUCUUCAUUUUUCUCGGGAACGAUGAUGUUCACCGGAUUCAACGCGGAGUGCGAUUCUUCCUCCCGCUGCAGCACCGCUUCACCGUCCGGAGACAAUCCUUACUACCCAUCACCAGCGGGAUCUUAUUCCAGCAUGGGAUCCCCCCAAUCUCAGGAUUUCACUGACCUGACAGCAUCAAGUGCCUCCUUCAUCCCCACUGUAACAGCCAUUUCAACAAGCCCAGAUCUGCAGUGGUUGGUCCAGCCUUUGAUCUCCUCAGUGGCCCCUUCUCACAGAGCUCACCCUUACAGCUCCAGCCCCAGCCCUGUCUACUCAAGAGCAGCUAUGAAGUCUGCAACAUCCAAGGCUCACGGCUCUACCAAGAGGGGUAGAGGUGAACAGAUUUCAGCUGAGGAGGAAGAGAAGAGGAGAGUUCGCAGAGAGAGAAACAAGCAGGCAGCAGCUAAAUGCCGCAACAGGAGGCGAGAGCUUACAGACACCCUGCAAGCUGAAACUGAUCAGCUUGAGGAUGAGAAGUCCAGUCUGCAGAAUGAUAUUGCCAAUCUGCUCAAAGAAAAGGAGAGGCUCGAGUUCAUUCUGGCUGCCCACCAACCCAUCUGCAAAAUCCCCUCAGAGCUGGACACGGACUUCCCAGUGGCCUCCAUCUCCCCUGUCCACGCUUGCCUCUCCACCGCCGUGUCCUCCCAGCCUCAGACCACCAUCCCACAAACCUCCGCUAUCACGUCCAGCCAGCCCACUUUCACCUCGACCUCAAACUCCAUCUUCUCCAGCACCAACUCCAUCCUGUCCACCGCCACGAUCGCCGACAGCACGGUCAAGAUGUCGGAUCUGGAGGCCUCCGUCCUGGAGGAGUCUCUGGACCUGCUGACGAAGACGGAGAUGGAGACGGCGCGGUCAGUGCCAGAGGUUGACCUGUCCAACUCCCUCUACACAAGUCAGGACUGGGAGCCUCUUCACGCCACGGCCGGUACCAGUGAUUUUGAGCCCCUGUGCACACCCGUGGUGACCUGCACCCCGGCCGGCUCAACCUACACGUCUUCAUUUGUCUUCACCUUCCCAGAGGCCGAGACCUUCCCCACUUGCGGCAUCGCCCACAGGAGAGAGAGCAGUGGCAACGACCAGUCCUCUGACUCCCUCAGCUCACCAACCCUGUUGGCCCUCUAAAGACUCUUUCAGAAACAAAACUAUACUUCCUAUUAAGCACAUUAUUUCUUACUGUAUGAGAUGAGUGUGCAGAUCACAGGGCUAUGGAAUGGACUUGUUACCAGGAAGCAACUUGCUUAUGAUUUUAUCUGCCUUUAUCUAUACUUGCCUAUUACACCAAUGUAGCAAGUUAAAAAGCAUGUUUCAACUAAUACCAUUUAGUCGUUUUAUUAGUUUAUAUAUGAUUUUAUGGUGCUAGAUACCGAAAAAAAAACAACAACUGUAUAUUGAUGUGUUUUCAGAGCAAUAGCUAUAAUUAUUAUUACUGAUCCAAUUUGUUUUCUGGUUAUUGGAAUGUGAGAGUAUUAAUGUUGUGAACUGUCUGUGACACUUUAAAAACUGACGUGCUUUGUCUUAACCAUGGUCUGAGUGGUCUAUCUAAGGUUUUCUGUGAAAACAUUAGUGGUUUUAAUUUAUGAAAUUUUCAAUUUAUUUUUAUACAGAGAAAGUAAAGAAGAAUGUUGUUCGUAAAAUGUGUAAAUAAAAAAUAGUGAUAUUUAAAUUCA